AUGUCGCAGUCUGUUGACUACUUCGAGUACGCUCCUGCUGCUCUGAUCGUGUUGGACAGUCAGCGGAUCGUGCGCCAGAUCAACGAGAAGGCCCGGGAGCUUCUCGUGCUGACGAACGCUUGUGUCAACAAUCCGUACAAUGAACUGCACCUUGUGAAUGAUUACAAGCGAUUAGACGAGGUUCUCGACCAUGUUACAAAGCUGAAACUCAGCUCGAGCGAAAGUGGGCGCCUGGAAGUGACCGUGGCCGUAGGAAAGAAAGGGUCCGACCUGGUACAUUCCGUCGAUAUAUCGGCAUAUUACGACACAAAAGGUGGAGUUAUGUUCACAUUCGCAAUCGACAACUUCCCUCUGCAGCUCAAACCAUUCUUCACCGACAAGCAAGUCGACCUUCUGAGUUCCGAGCCGGUUGCGCAACAGAUCAGUCAACCACGCAAAGGGCGGCCGGCGGAGAUCGACCAAUUCAUAACGUCUCUACCGCAACCAACGAAUCGGUCUGAUGAAGAGGCGACAGAACCACCUGUACCUCCGCCGCCAAACAAUACUGCUUCGCAUGACGAUCGCGAGGCUAUGGACGCUCUGUCUGCGGCAGCUGUCGACUCAAAUCCGGAUGUUCUUCUCGAAAUGGUAAACAGCUUACACGUCAGCAAGGUGAUCAAUUCUUUUCCCGGUAUCAACUAUGUCUUUUCGCGACUCGGAGUUCCCUUCUACUACUCAGCGAGUUGGUACGAGCUGACCGGUAUCGAACCUGGAGACUUGAAUCCGCAGACGAUCGCAGGCACCCUUCAUCCCGACGAUGUCGAGCUAUGGGCGUAUACUUUCAUGGAUCUCCUGAAAAACCCGACAAAGCGAGUCGCGCACAAGUGCCGAGUCAGGAGCAAGAACGGGACUUACCGGUGGUACAUCAACCGUGCCAAUCCCGUACUUCGCACACCGCCUAGUCGUCCAGAUGGUGAAGCUGAGGUGAUUUGGUACAGUGCAAAUCUGACCGACAUCCAUGACCUUGUCGAGGCACAAGAGGAAGCAGCGCAAGCGCAAUCCAGACUCAAAUCCGUGAUUGACUAUUCUGGUAUGACGUAUUACGUCGUUGACCGCAACCUGAACUUGCAGUAUUUUGCUGGACCAGAGUCUCACGGAAGCUUCAUUCAUCUUAUCAGGGAUGCCCUUGGCGGCGAAGGGCCGUUCCUUGGUCAGUCUCUUGCGAUGCCCAUAAUCGAUCCCGUCGCUAUUCACUGCAUCCGAAGAGUUCUGGAGGGUGAGUCAGAAUUCGAGACUCACGACCUGCACCUCAGCGCGGACCGCGACAAUCGGGUAUGGCGGAGGCAUCACCGGCCCAUCAUGGGCGACGACAAGAAGUCGGUUGUUGCCUGUGUCGGAUGCGUUUUCGAUGUCACAAACGAGAUACGGAAAGACCGAGAGCUUGCAAAGGCCAAUGAGGAGAGAGCUCGGCUAGCAGAAGAACAACUUGCGCUGAAAGCCAGUGAAACUGCUGCUCGAGAAAGCUCCCGGAUGAAGUCGGAGUUUUUGGCCAACAUGAGCCAUGAAAUUCGAACGCCAAUUGCCGCAGUCAUUGGCAUGACAGAAAUGCUCAGCGACUCAAAGCUUGACGAGGAGCAGCAACAGCUAUGCGACAAUGUACGAACAGCUGCAUCAUCGCUCCUUUCUGUCAUCAACGAUAUUUUGGACGUCAGCAAGAUAGAAGCAGGGAAGCUAGCAAUCGAGAACAUGGAUUUCGAUUUAUGCGAGAUUUUCAACGAUAUCAAGAAAAUCUUCGUGUACCCAGCAGCGAGGAAGGAUAUUUCCUUUUCUGUGAACUGCCAAACAGGUUCAUGUCCGGUUUGGGUACUCGGAGACAAAAACCGUAUCGGCCAGAUCCUGACAAACUUAUUAUCCAAUGCGCUAAAGUUCACGCCUGCUCAAGGUACCGUGACACUGACCGCGACAAGGCAAGAGCGCCCUGGAGCAAUUGCAGUCACAUUUGCCGUCACCGAUACCGGGAUUGGCAUGAGUAAAGACACUGUCAAGAAGCUUUUCCAGCCCUUCAGCCAAGCGGACUCGAGCACUGCAAGAAAGUGGGGUGGUAGCGGACUUGGGCUCUCAAUCUGCAAGAAGCUUACAGAACUGAUGAAUGGUACUAUCAACGUCACUUCCGAGCCCGGUAAGGGUUCAACAGUCAAGGUCUGCAUUCCUUUCGUCAAAUCACAACGAGAACCCGGUGAAGAAAAUGCGAAGGGUGACGAGCAUAGUGGUAAGUUGGCUUCCACGGCGAAGAACUACCAACUCAAGCGUCCACGGGAUGAUUAUGCGAUCCUUAUCGCCGAGGAUAACUUGAUCAACCAAAGAAUUGCCGUCUCACGAUUGAAGAAAAUGGGAUUUGGCGCCAAAUGCGUUGCCGUUGAUAACGGUAAGAAAGCGCUUGAUGCAUUGCGGGCGAGGAUUCAAGAGGACGAUGGCGAAAGCAAGCCAUUUGAUCUUUUCUUAUGCGAUUGCCACAUGCCGGAGAUGGAUGGCUACGAAGCGACGAGCUUAUUACGACAAGAUGAGAACGAGGCUAUUCGAAACGUGCCGGUAAUUGCGAUGACAGCUUCGGCGAUCCGCGGAGAUCGUGAGAAGUGUAUCGCAGUUGGCAUGUCAGAUUAUGUCAGCAAGCCGGUCAAUGUGCGAGAGUUUGAGGAAGUCGUCUUGAAAUGGCUUUCGAAGAUGGAGGGGGACAAAUAA